ACUCUCCGGCAAUAACUCCUCCUUCCUCCUCCACCAUCCGCUCCACAUUCCUCUCCCCCUUUCUUCCUCCUCCAUCCUCCCCCCUCCAUGGCCGCCCAGUUCGCCGUCCCCUUCCUCUAGAUCUCUCCCGUCGUCUCGCUGCCCCUCCUGAGCUCGCCGAACUUUGUCUCACGCAGCGCAACUCCUUCCAGACACAAGCCACAGGGAGGGAUCGGAGUUGCAAACAUAUAUAGACACAUACGAUUCUCAUCCUAGAUCUCUCUCUACCAAGUUCCUCCGGGCUGCCUCCUUCUGCUAGAUCUGCUGCUGCUCGUGUUGUUGCUUGGCAAGCAAGAUAUAUAUACCCCUCUCCAUAUAUAGGACUGUACUAGCACUAUCUUUGUUGGAGGGAAGGGAGAGAGAGAGAUGCAGAUGUGUAUGUGAAGAAAUGGAAGGUGCGGGAAGCAGGAGCCGAGCGCUAGGGUUUCGGUGUUAGACAGGCUAGUAGCAAGGUAGAGAGUACCAUGAUGAUCCCGGCGAGGCACAUGCCGUCGUCGAUGAUCGGCCGGAGCAGCGGCGGCGCGCCCUACGGAUCCUCAUCAGCACUGUCGCUUGGCCAGCCAAACCUGCUGGACGGCAGCAACCAGCACCUCCUGCCGCACCACCUCCUGGAGCAGAUCCCGGCGCGCGCAGCGGAGAGCGGCGACAACAACGGCAGCGUCGGCGGCGGCGUGGGCAUGAUCCGCGGGCGUGACUCCAUGGACCCGCUGGGGGACGAGUUCGAGAGCCGGUCCGGCAGCGAGAACGUGGACGGCGACGCCGUGGACAACGCGGAGCAGGAGCAGGACCCCAACCAGCGGCCGCGCAAGAAGCGCUACCACCGCCACACCCAGCACCAGAUCCAGGAGAUGGAAGCGUUCUUCAAGGAGUGCCCGCACCCUGACGACAAGCAGCGCAAGGAGCUGAGCCGGGAGCUGGGGCUGGAGCCCCUCCAGGUCAAGUUCUGGUUCCAGAACAAGAGGACCCAAAUGAAGAACCAGCACGAGAGGCACGAGAACUCGCAGCUGCGGGCGGACAACGACAAGCUGCGGGCCGAGAACAUGCGCUACAAGGAGGCGCUCAGCAGCGCGUCCUGCCCCAACUGCGGCGGCCCGGCGGCGCUCGGCGAGAUGUCGUUCGACGAGCACCACCUCCGCGUCGAGAACGCGCGCCUGCGCGACGAGAUCGACCGCAUCUCCGCCAUCGCCGCCAAGUACGUCGGCAAGCCCAUGGUGCCCUUCCCGGUGCUCUCCAGCCCGCUCGCCGCCGCCCCCGGGGCCUCCGCCUACGACGUCUUCGCCGGGGCCGCCUCCGUGCUGCAGGCGCCGCCCGACGACAAGCAGCAGGGCGUCGUCGUCGAGCUGGCCGUCGCCGCCAUGGAGGAGCUGCUCCGCAUGGCGCGCCUCGACGACCCGCUCUGGGCGACCACCGUGGACCAGGCGCUGGCGCUGGACGAGGAGGAGUAUGCGAGGAUGUUCAUCGACCCACGCGGCGGCCUUGGGCCGAAGCAGUAUGGCCUCGUCUCUGAGGCAUCCCGCGACGCCGCCGUCGUCAUCAUGACCCCCGCCAGCCUCGUCGAGAUCCUCAUGGACGUCAACCAGUACGCGGCGGUGUUCUCGAGCAUCGUGUCGAGGGCGGCGACCCUGGAGGUGCUGUCCACCGGCGUGGCCGGGUGCUACGACGGGGCGCUGCAGGUCAUGUCGGUGGAGUUCCAGGUGCCGUCGCCGCUGGUGCCCACCAGGGAGAGCUACUUCGUGCGCUACUGCAAGCGCAAUGCUGAUGGUGCCUGGGCCGUCGUGGACGUGUCGCUGGACGGCCUGCAGGGGGUCAAGUGCCGGCGCAGGCCCUCAGGCUGCCUCAUCCAGGAGGCGCCCAACGGCUACUCCAAGGUGACGUGGGUGGAGCACGUGGAGGUGGACGACAGGUCCGUGCACAACAUCUACAAGCCGCUGGUCGGCUCCGGCCUCGCCUUCGGCGCCCGCCGGUGGGUCGGCGUCCUCGGCCGCCAGUGCGAGCGCCUCGCCAGCGCCAUGGCCAGCAACAUCCCAACCAGCGAUAUCGGAGUGAUCACUAGCUCGGAGGGGAGGAAGAGCAUGCUAAAGCUAGCGGAGAGGAUGGUCGCGAGCUUCUGUGGCGGCGUGACGGCCUCUGUGGCGCACCAAUGGACCACGCUGUCAGGCAGCGGCGCCGAGGACGUGAGGGUCAUGACCAGGAAGAGCGUCGACGACCCCGGGAGGCCACCAGGCAUUGUCCUCAACGCCGCCACCUCCUUCUGGCUCCCCGUCCCACCUAAGCGCGUCUUCGACUUCCUCCGCGACGAGACCUCUCGCAGUGAGUGGGACAUCCUCUCCAAUGGCGGCAUCGUCCAAGAAAUGGCUCACAUCGCCAAUGGCCGCGACCAUGGCAACUGCGUCUCGCUCCUCCGUGUCAAUAGCACCAACUCUAACCAAAGCAACAUGCUGAUCCUGCAAGAGAGCUGCACAGACGCGUCAGGCUCCUACGUCAUCUACGCGCCGGUGGACGUGGUGGCCAUGAACGUGGUGCUCAACGGCGGCGACCCAGACUACGUCGCGCUCCUGCCAUCAGGCUUCGCCAUCCUGCCCGACGGUCCUGCAGGGACAAUGCACGCCGCGGCAGGGGCAACCGGCACCGGUGGGUCGCUCCUGACGGUGGCGUUCCAGAUCCUGGUCGACUCCGUCCCCACUGCCAAGCUCUCCCUAGGGUCGGUGGCCACCGUCAACAGCCUCAUCGCCUGCACCGUGGAGCGCAUCAAGACCGCCGUCAUCUCCAAUGGCGGCGCCUCACCCCCGCAGUAGCUUCGCUCAACUCAUCAACCUUCCUAUGUUCUGUAUCAGAGGAGCAGCAAAAUUUUGGAGCCUUCAUUAGUGGGAAGUCAAGAACGCACCUCAGACUCUCCUUGCCAUGUGGUGCUCAUAGCCACAGAUUGUUCCCCGUGGAUUCGACCGGGGAAACUCCGCGACUUCUUCGUUCCAUGCAAGAAAAACAUUUGCGAAAACAAGAUGCGGUCACCACUAUGCAAGGGCGGUUGGUUCGGGUAUUGACUUCCUCUUCGUGUCGGCCUCUCGGAUGCUGCUACCUCUGGGUUUCUUUUCUAGGGUUCUUCGUCGAGUACAAAAAACCGUAAUUUUCUUCAGUCAGUCUGUAAUUCGUUGGACUUGUCGUUGUUGCUGCUGCUGUUUCAGACUUCCAGUGCUUUGUAGGUGCUGCAGAAUAGAGAUUUGUGCCCAUCUGUCUGUCUGCUGCUUUGGAUUGGGUUUAUAAUUUUGUAGCGCUCCUGGUGAUCCGUCGCCAUUUCAAUCCCAAAAUUUGUGUUGUGAUCAA